AAAAAAAAAAAUGAUUUACACAGUGCUUUAUUAAACGUUUCCUUUGCUGAUUAAAGGCAUGUAUGUGGAUCGAAGUAAGAAGGUUUCAUUAUGAUCAACAGAGAUUUAGUGAAGUUAGGCGGAACAGACCAGGUCCAGAGAGUCAGUAACUCGGAUAAAAUGGAAUGACAAUAGACUCCUAAACUAAACUUUACUGCUCCGCGAACUGGGCAGGGAGCUAGUCUGACGACAUACGAGUUCGAUGCUGCGUGCUGCUGGCGACGAACACUAGUAGGUAGGAAAUGUUUAGACUAGCGGUUUUAUCGAGGUGCGCAGCAAAGCUCAAGUUCGUGUCGCUGGCAAACUCGGUACGGCACAUUCACUCGUUAAGCAUCUGAAGGAAGUUGAACUACGCUCAGCUUUGCAAUACAGCAGUCCCGGGAUUACGAACAAGUUCCCUUCCUAAGUGUGUCUUUAAGUCGGAUUUGUACGUAAGUCGGAACAGGAAGGGGAGGACUGGAAUUUCUGUGCAGUGUGACAAAACCCCAGGGUGAUGGUGUGCACACUGGAGAAAGUUCUUGGCGAUGCCCGCACUCUACUGGAGAGGCUGAAGGAGCACGAUGUAGCAGCUGAAAGCCUAAUUGAGCAGUCAGGCACUCUGAGCCAGAGAGUCCAAAGCAUGAGGGAGGUGGGGAGUACAUUGCCUGACAAGUUCCCGGAGGACAGCUCACAGAUGAAGGAACUGUCUAAGUACAAACCCCAUGUUCUCUUGAGCCAGGAGAACACGCAGAUCAAGGAGUUACAGCAGGAGAAUAGAGAACUGUGGCUUUCACUUGAGGAGCACCAAUAUGCCCUGGAGCUGAUCAUGGGCCGUUACCGAAAACAGAUGCUGCAGUUGAUGACAGCUCGGAAGGAGCUAGAUACGCGGCCUGUCCUGAGCCUGCAUCAGGACCAUGCCAAGGAGGUGCAGGGCCAGCUGGAGCGAAUUUGUGAGAUGGGUCAGGUGAUGCGCCAGGCCGUGCAGGUGGAUGACGAGCAUUACUGUUCUGUGCGGGAACGCCUGGCACAGGUGGAGAUUGAAAACAAAGAACUCCGAGAACUGCUGGCUAUCAGCAAAAACUCGCUGAAGCCAUCAAAGGAGGACUCGCCACAGAUUCAGCGUGAGCCUGAAGCCAAGCCAGGGCCUAUGGCCCAUUAACAGGGGUUUGGAGAAGGAAUGGGUGAGCGCGGUCCCUCUGGGCCAGCACCAGUCUUGUGUUCCUCAGGUUACCUCAUUUUCACAGUGUCAUAUGAAACAGAACUCAAAUUUGUCUUUGUAUCUCAGCUCUUUCACUGAUCCUGCUUCAGAAGUGACUCUGCAAGAUAUGAGUCCCUCCUGAGGGGACUGGCUUGAGAAUUAGGACCCACUGCUCAUCUCCAUUUAACUUUGGGAGAAAGAGAAAUUAACAUCACUUUGACAGCUAGAGAAAAACCUGAGACCGUCUCACUUGUCAAGACCUCUUUUUGAGCCUUUCUCUCGGUUAAGAAUUCAGAAUUUCUAUGAAUAUUUAUCUGUUGAGCUGAGAAACUUGAAAGAAGCAAGAAAACACGACACUGUUACAGAUAAUCCAGUACACCACCUGUUGUAUGGAUAAUCUGUCUGACGUGUGUGUUCUUAUAGUUCUUACUGUCUGCUAUGUCUGAGAGGCAGCAAACAGCUGUAUGAAUGAUGAGGUUGUUCCCUUUGUUGUAAACUUUGAGCUGUUGUUUUCUCACUGUUUGCAAGGGUCACAUUUCAGGGUUAUCUGUUUAUCUCUAACAUGAGUUUGUCAUAGACUGUAAUUGUAUCCAGAUAGUAUACUCUUUAGGAUUCGUUUUAAGACCAAGGCAUACUGUGGAGCUACUUACUUAAUCCUAGUGCAUUGCACCACAUGUUUGUAAAUAAAGCGCACAACUUAAGUUACACUGUACUGUUUCUAUACCCUUUAACAGCUACAGGAAUAUGACAUAGCUGUCAAAAUAAGACCCGUAUAAUUAUAACAUUUUGCUUUCCUUUGGCUGAAAGAAUAUGAAUCUAUGUCCUUCAGAGAUUCUUACAUUUCUCACAUUGUGACUGUGAAUGCAGAUGGAGGGAUUUCAAAAGCAUCACGAAGGCUGGGAAGAUAGAUGUUGUAAGUGCCAUUGAGUCACAAGGCCAUUUUAAUUUGAAAAAUGUAAAUGGAAAACAAGAUGUGGCACCUUUUAAAACAUAAACAAUAGGAAAUACACAGGAGGUGUACAAAGCACAUUCAGGUUUGGCACCAUCCUGUGUCUUGACACCACGCCACCAUGUGUAAUCUAUAAAAUGACUUUCUAAGGGUCACGUCUAUAUGCCACACCAGUCCCACACCAAAAUCUGUCCAUUGCUUGCAGUAGUGUUGUCACCACAGCAAAUUCUCUUACAAAUGUAUUUGAUAAAACCAAGCUUUAUUGGUGAGGUCUGAAAGACUUUUCUUGAAAAAAAUGUUAUGUUUCAAAUAUUUGUUACAUAUAAUUUAUUAGUUCUUUGAGCAAUGUUUCCUGUCUUGACCAAACUUUAUUAAAUACUUGGCUGUCUUCUCUUCAUGCUUGACUCGCACGUUCUCCAGAACUUUGUCCUUAAUUAUUUUUAAAAUUCAUGCACCAUAGAGUCACUGAAUAAAUACAAAACAUGUUUUCCUUAGUUUCGUUCCCUGUUAAACUGACCACUCUGUAUGUUUUGCUGUACCUGCCAGUUUAGGGUAUUUGUAUCCUUGGAGCAUGCUGGUUGGCAGUGAAUGGUGUGUCAAAUCCUAAACUGCACCAUGAUACUAGUUGUUACAGCAGUGGGUGUCUUGCUGCUGUCACACAUAAGAUUACAAGAGUGCUGAAAGUCUCCAAAAUAAAAAAAAUAAAAAUAAAAAAACCCGCUUAAUUCCUGUGGAU